AUGAGGCCGCCGCUUGUCGCCUGCGUCCUCCUCGCCGUCGUCGCCGCGGCGACGCCGGCGGGCGCGGUCUGCGUGCCGCGCAACCAGAAGGCGCCGGGGAAGCCUGGGAGCCCCGGAGGAGUGCCUGUCCCGGCGGCGCCGAAGCUGACGCCGCCGAAGCCAGCGACGGCGCCACCGUCGACGCCGAUCCUGCCCGGCCCCGGCGGCGACAUCGUGAAGGCGCUGUGCGCGAAGACGAGCUACCCGGUGGUGUGCCAGAUGACGGUGGUGCCGCCGCCGGGGUCGUCGGCGCAGAAGCUGGACGCCGCGGCGGUGCUCCGGCUGGCGAUGGGCGCGGUGCGUGCCAAGGCGGCGGCCGCCAAGAAGGACGCCGGCGCGAUCGUCGCCGACCCCAAGACGUCGCCGCUGGCGCGGGGCGCGCUCAAGGACUGCAUGGACUCGUACGACGACAUCGCCUACAGCCUCGACCACGCCGACCAGUCCAUGGCCGCCGGCGACAAGGACACCACCGGCACCAUGCUCGACACCGUCCGCACCGACGUCGACACCUGCGACCAGGGCUUCGAGGACCGGGAAGAGCUCACGCCGGUCAUGUCCAAGCAGGACGCCGAGCUCGCCAAGCUCGCCAGCAACUGCAUCGCCAUCGCCGUCGCCGCCGGCCUCCGCCACUAGAUGGCCGUCGACAUGAUCCUAUUCAAGUAUAUACUCCUAUAUAGCACUAGCAAAGAACCCUAGACUGUACACCAUAAUUACUAUGCUAAUGAGCUUCGUUGCGUCUGAAAACUGUGUACCAAUCCGUCCUUACAACUUAAUUACACCUCAUAAUGUUAGUGGAUUAUGCAUAUUUUGAUUUUACUCUGUGCCUUCUUCUAAAGUUUUGCAAACUUA